CCACGGGGACGCGGGGUGUUCUGGACUAAACAGAGACCCACCGACAGCGAGUCCCUUUUCCUGCUUAGCACUCCGUCAUUUGAUACCGACAUAGCCAAUCUGUCGCACCCGGGGGCCCACUGCUUACUCCGUACGGUAUCGUCCCUGCUUCGAGCGUGCAUGGGAACUGGGCCGAGUGCAUGCCUACGACGCCCUACGACAGCUUGACAAGUAGUCACCGGAAGUUGGACGAGUGAAGGUUAUAAAGAACAAGGCCAUAUCGCAACCUGGUCCUUUUGCAAAACAAUAUAGCAACCAUGGCCAUCACCGAUAACCUCCCCAAAGGCGACUCUCCCUCCCUGGCACUCGUCCACCCUACUGAUGCGGAGAAGUUGAUCCAAUUCAAGCUCAAUGCGGAGGAAUGGUGCGGUGCUCUUAAGCUGCCAGCCUAUCUCCGCCGUGAAGAUGUCCUCGCGGCGACUGAGAUGACCCGUGAUGGUGGCAUCUCGUACUGGAUCCUAGUCGACACUUCAUUGCCCAACAAUCCGCUGGAUCCACAGUCCCGGACCAGGUUACCGCUGGCGAGUUGUGAAACAUACCGAAAGAAGGCGUGGGUAUGGCAAGAUGGCACGCUCAAGGAAGUCAUCUGUCACGGCGUUGGAAGCGUGUUCUGCGCCAACCACCUGCGAAAGCGUGGUUAUGCACAGAGGAUGAUGACAGAGCUGGGUGAGAUGUUGAAAACAUAUCAGACAGAAGACGGCACGGAAUGUUUAUUCUCGGUACUGUAUUCGGAUAUUGGAAAGAAAUUCUACAAUACCUUCGGCUGGGAGCCCUUCUCAUCGUCGCACGUCUCCAUUCCCGGUACCGUUAGCCAAGACAUCAGCAGUCUGCCCACAGCGCGACCGCUCUAUGCAGAAGAUCUGCAAGACCUAUGCGGUACUGACGUGGCUCUUGUCCGCCGAGACCUAGAGUCGCGGCCAAAGGGAAGUAACACAGCUGUCGCUAUGAUUCCCAAUAUUGAGACGAUCCGUUGGCACCAUGCGCGCGAAGAAUUUGUGGGGAAUGAGCUUCACAGCAAGAAACCUCAGAUCAAGGGGGCCAUUGUGGGCACGGAAAAAGGCAAACGCGUAUGGUGCUACUGGACGCGCAUGUGGUAUAAUCAGGACCCGGCAGAUACAAAGGGCAACACGCUGUACAUUCUGCGAUUGGUAAUUGAGGAUGGUGGUUGGGAGGGCUCAUCGAGCCAAGCCAACGGUACAGCUCGAGAUCAUAGCCACGAAGAUGCCGUUGCGGCCUUGCUGGCCAUGGCGCAACGAGAGGCAGAGGAGUGGAAGAUGGAGAAAGUAGAGAUGUGGUCGCCUCCACCCACGGCGCUUACAGCUGCGAGGAGACUGCAUCCAAGUGCCAAUGUCGUUCACAGGGACGUCGAUAGUAUCCCAAGCCUCAGGUGGUAUCCGGAGCACCGAGGCCCGGUAGCGGAUAAGAUCGACUGGGUAGCCAACGAGAAAUACGCGUGGUGCUGAGCCAUGCACGUCACAGCAUAGACUGAAUGCGCAAGCACAGCGAGCAGACGUUGUUCAUAGAUCUAUAUAAUUUCUUCACAUGUUGUUUUCCACUUGUAUCCAUC